GUGCUAAAUGACAGAUGCAGAAGUGUAUUUUGUGUUCAUGAAACGUUUUUGUAAUUUUGAAAUUGGAUCAUGAAUUAAGAUGAAUUUACGUUAAGUGUAAUUGUAAUUUUAAUCAGGUAAACAUAGAGAAAUUCAAUGAAAAAAUGGCAAAAGACGAAGUAGAUGAUUUAUUACCUGACAAAGAUGCUGCAAAAGGGUUUUAUGCUAAGUAUGAACCAAAGGAAAUUCUGGGAAGAGGAAUCUCUUCAACAGUACGAAGAUGUAUCGAAAAAGAAACAGGAAUUGAAUACGCAGCGAAAAUUAUAGACAUAAGUAAUGAACCUCAUGAUGGAGCUGAAGGUCACACAAUGAAAGAUGCCACAAUGCAAGAAGUACAUAUUCUUAGAAGAGUUGCAGGACAUCCAUUUAUAAUUGAACUACAUGAUGUAUUUGAAUCAAGUACAUUUAUAUUUUUGAUUUUCGAGCUGUGUAAAAAUGGCGAGCUUUUUGACUAUCUCACUUCAGUUGUCACAUUAUCAGAGAAGAAAACUCGGUAUAUAAUGAGACAAGUUUUUGAAGGUGUUUUACACAUUCAUGGUCAAGGAAUAGUACACAGAGAUUUAAAACCAGAAAAUAUUUUACUUGAUGAUAAUUUGAAUGUAAAAAUAACAGACUUUGGAUUUGCAAGAAUGCUUACAAAAGGAGAUAAAUUAUAUGAUUUAUGUGGAACACCAGGAUACUUGGCACCAGAAGUAUUAAAAUGUAACAUGUUUGAAAAUGCUGAAGGCUACGGAUAUGAAGUAGACAUCUGGGCCUGCGGAGUAAUUAUGUUUACAUUAUUGGUUGGCUGUCCUCCUUUUUGGCAUCGAAAGCAAAUGGUUAUGCUUCGUAAUAUAAUGGAAGGAAAAUACUCAUUUACAUCACCUGAAUGGGCAGAUAUUACUGAUGCACCGAAAGAUUUAAUUACUAAAUUAUUAGUUGUUGAUCCUACAAAAAGAGUUUCUAUUAGAGAAGCUUUGGAUCAUCCAUUUUUCCACACUGUGCUAUGGGAUCAGGAUAUUUCACCUCUCAAGCGUUCUCUAUCAUCUAAUUCGCGACGUCUAAGUAGGAUUUCUCAAUUAGCUUUGGAAUUAAAAGCUAAAUCAUUCAAUGCCAGGAAACGAUUCCAACUUGCAAUUAUUUGUGUUCGAGCUGUCGUUCGUAUUAAACGAUUGCAUACCACGCCAGAACCUUUGUCUACAUUGGUUGCUCGUACAGAUCCUUAUAGAAUUAAAGCUCUUCGAAAAGUAAUUGAUGGUUGUGCUUUUCGAGUUUAUGGUCAUUGGGUAAAGAAAGGAGAGGGACAAAAUCGUGCAGCUCUUUUUGAAAAUACCGCAAAGACCGAGCUUAAACAUCUAUAUGUCAGCAAUUUAAGUAGAUAGCUGACGCUUUAAUUAAUAAAAAUUUAGUGAAAAUU